AUGAAACGAUGUGUAGGUCAACGCGUCGUUUUUGUUGAAUAAUAAAUGAGUCUCCGUCACCGUCCCGUUUCCUUCGCCAGACGCAACACAAGAAACUUCCAUGGAGACGGCGAGAAAUUGCGCACUCUUUCUGGACCAAGCUGUUGACAUUUUGCUCGAGGUCUCCGUCUGUUGGCUCGCUCGAUCGCUCGCCUCUUUAUUUCUUCCGUCGCGACAAACAAUUCCUUGUUAAUAAAUAUCUUCACGCGUAACUCCAUCCAUCGAUCGAUCGAUCGGUCGGUCCAUGGCCACCAGUACUCCGCAGUGGCCACCGGCGUCGCCGGCGGUGCACCAGUUCCUCACCGCGGCCCUCUCCCACCGCGGCCCCGCAGCCCUUCCCUACGCCGACGACGCCAGGUGGACCAUCCACCACCACCUCGCCGCUCUCUCCCACGCCUUCCCCUCCCUCCGCCUCGACGCCGGCUCCUUCACCCACAACGAUGGCCGCGCCGCCUUCCUCCUCCGCGCCGAGGGCCCUCUCCCCCUCGCCGCCGCCUCCUCAGCCGUCGCCGGCAUCCACGUCACCAUGUGGCUCCUCGAAGACUACCCCUGCGCGCCGCCGGCCGUCUUUCUCACCUUCCCGCCCGGCACAGCAGUCAAGCGCCGCCACCCGCUGGUGGACCCCUGCGGCGCCGUCUCCGUCCCUUACCUCCGCGAGUGGCUCUUCCCCUACCACAACCUCGUCGACCUCGCCGGCUCCCUAGCCCGCCUCUUCUCCCAAGACCCCCCUUUCGCCGCCUCCCCCCGCGAUCUCACCGCCGACGUCGCCAAAAAAGCUCUGCUUGACCUCGAGGGCAUACAACAGAGCACCGCCUUGGAAACAGAGUCGUUGCUAGCCACGCAGACGCUGCUGAGGCAGCGGCGGGAGGAGCUCCGCCGGGGGUCGCGGGAGCUGGAGGCGGAGUUGGAGCUGCUGGAGGAGCAGCUGCAGAUGGUGCGCAUGAACACCGACGUGCUGGCAAGCUGGCGGCCGCCGUCAGCGAGGCCAGAAGGGAAGAACAUCGACGAAGUGCUGGUGGCGGCGGACCCGCAGUCGAGGAGGGCGUUGGAGUGCACGGCGGCGGACAUGGCGGCUGACGACGUGAUGUACGCGCUGGACGAGGCGCUGAGGGAGGGACGCGUGGCGAUCGCGGACUACUUGAAGAGCGUGCGGGCGGCAGCGAGGGAGCAGUUCUUCCAUCGAGCCAUGGCCAUGAAUUCUGCAGUUUAGUCGGCGUUUACUACGAACGAUCCAUUCGUCAAACUUGUCCUUCAAUUUGUUUCUUUCUAUGGGAGAGUCCGCGUACAUAAUACCAUCACCAUUAAAGGUAUCAUCUCUAUUUUUUAAUGCAAAUUCAUUAACUUAAUACAUUUACUUAAAGAUUUAAAUUCA